GAAGGCUGCUCAUAGAAGGUGCGCUUUCUACAGUUGGGUAGAGCUUGUUCCUGGGCGCAGAGUCUGGCGGUAGGCAAACAAAAAGCGUACAGCGACAGAAACGCGAAGCAAUUCGGCGGGAGAAGAAGAGGACCAAGAAGAAGAAGCGGCAGAAAGCGUGGGAGAAGGAGGAGAAGCGGGAUGCAACGAUCUCCACGAAGGACGCGAAGUUUCGACGAUUCAGUGGCAAGAUGCGGUCAGUCAACGUUCAUCGUGUUCUGCUUGCUUUGCUGAUGAUCAUUGCUGUUAUUACGUCAAUUGCCGGAAAAUUGCAGCCUGUCAAACGUUUCACGGCGCGAAAUCGUGGUAUGCUAAGACGGAUUGCCAUUUCUCGCGAGGAAAAAAGUAAAAUUUGUUACGAUCUACUCGGUUGCUUUGCGGAUCCGCCGCCGCAUUUAUCGAUAAAACGGCCACCCGAGCAUCCUAACGUAAUUCAAACCAGGUUCUUCCUCUACACACGUGCGGACCGGCAAAAUCCGAAACCCUUACAGUACGGGGACAACUUAAAGUCCAUCGUUCAUUCCCAAUUCAAUGUCAGCAAGCCUCUCAGCGUGUUGAUACACGGUUUCAAGGGCAGCGGAAGCGACGUCGGCGCACUACUUGGCAUAAAUUUCCUUCUCGAUAUAGAAGACGUAAACGUCAUUAUCUUGGAUUGGACGAAGGGGGCAGGCAGUUCUUACGGAGCUGCGGUGGCAAAUAGCGAACUGGUUGGCCGGCAAUUGGCCUUGGUGCUUUUAGACGCCAUUAAUUUGGGGGUCGAUCCCGUCAACAUCCACGUGAUCGGUUUCAGUCUCGGCGCACACGUGGCCGGCUGCGCCUCGGAACUGUUGAAAAAGAGAAGUCUGCUUUUGGGUCGCAUAACGGGUCUCGACCCGGCGUCACCCUUCUUCAGGCAUCAUCUGUUCCGGGAAAGGGCGAGAAAAUUGGAUGCCACCGAUGCCCGUCUCGUCGAUGUCAUUCACACCGACGGCUCUCAGGAUUUCAUGGAUGGCUUUGGCCUACUUAAGCCGAUCGGACACAUCGACUUUUUCCCCAACGGCGGCAGAGAGCAGCCCGGCUGCACCGAUAUUAAGAACUCGGUGAUGGUCAGUCACUUGAAAGAGGAUUUAUUGGACAAGAAUAUAGCGUGUAGCCAUUUAAGAGCUUUUCAGCUCUAUAUAGAGACCGUCCGCUCGCAAAAUGAGAAAUGCAAAUUUAUCGCAUGGCCCUGUCCACAAGGAGGAAUAUCCUAUGCAAAAGGGACAUGCUUCCCUAUGGAAUCAACGAAUUGGAACCAAGAGAUGGGUUACGCGGCUAAUCGUGGAGCCUUGGGAAUCUAUUAUCUGGCGACUAAAGCCGAAACACCGUUUUGCGGUCAACCAGUCAGAGCAUCAGUGAUGACGUCCGAAAAUAUGCUAAAAACAUCUGGUAUAUUGCUUUUCAAAAUCUUCCUUGCUAAUUCCACAACACUCUUCAGAAUUCCAUGCACCUUAUCCAAACGGAUAAACGAACAAAUGGCGUUUUAUAACAUUGCGGCAGUGGAUUUUGACACGUUAACGGAAGAUGUUGCAUCAAUCGUCGGUGUCGUCUCGUAUCAGCGCACUUUUAACAUGACCGAGGAGGACACUGAUCCGGAUACGGACGUAAUACUUUUCAAUAAACUGGCUCUCGAAGAUCGUAAGGGCCAUAGGUGGGAAUAUUGCGGAACGAACACCGCAAUCAAUUCGCACGAGAUGUACGUGGAACUGAGAAAUGAACGCUGCACGCCAUUGUAACAACUCUACCACGACAGUUUUAUAUUAUCGAAUAAAAGUGGUCCGCGCGUGCAAGCGG